CGGGUAUAUUUUUUAAAUUGUGUCUUUGGUCUAUGUAAGUAGUCAUGGCCUUAGCUGUCACUGUCAAAAAAACGAACAAUUUUUCGAGGUCAAACAAAUUUUAAGGUUAUAUACGUGGAAGUUGUAUUGUUUUAUUGUUUAGAACAGUAAUUAGUAACAUAAUGGCACCUUAUAAAAGAAAUAUAGAUGAUGUUCUUGCUCGUAUUAAUUUUCCUCUUUUUACCGUCCAAAUGCUUACAAACAGACAUGUAUUAGUUGGUGGGGGCGGAGGCUCAGCAAAAACUGGUGUUGCGAAUGGAUUUGAAAUUUUUGAACUGUCGCAUGACGGAAACAAAUUCCAUGUCGAGGAAGUAACUAGACAUGAAACAGGUCCUAAUGUUGUUAUGAAUUGUGCAGUGGCUUUAAAAAAUAAUCAUACUUAUUUAGUUGCUGGUCAAGAGAGUCAUUGUCAAUUAUACAAUGUAAACUCUGAAUUGGUAGCUCAAGAAAACGGUGAUAUUGAAAACCUUGGAACUGACCACCAUACUAAUGGUAAACUGAGGCACAGAAAAUCAGCGCCUACCAGUAAAAAUAAUGACAUUAAUAAGAAUUUAAGGAAAAGGUUAAAAUUUAUUUUAAGUCCGUCAGAUAGUGUACAGACUGAUUUUAAUGAGCCUGAACCUUUAUGUAGAGUGGUAAGGGUACACCCAGAAGGGAAUCUAAUGGCUACAGGUGGAACAGAUGGCACUAUACAGAUGUGGAGAUUUCCAAGUCUUAAGCCUCUAACCAAAUUAAAAGGUCACACAAAAGAGAUAGAUGAUAUAGAUUUUAGUUUAUUCGACAAUUAUAUUAUAACAGUGGCAAAAGAUGGUCAAGCAAUUUUGUGGGACUGUGUUAGAGGAAAAGAAAUUAAAAAACUAACAUGGAAUCAACCGCAGGGUUCGAAAUAUCUAUAUAAAAGAUGCAGAUUUGGUAUCAUAGAAGGUGAAAAGAAGUGUGCACUUUAUAUGCUUUCCAAUCCAACCGGUGUUGCCAAAAAGCAAAAAUCUUUUUUGCAACAGUGGCAGCCCGAAGAAGAGACAAUUAAAAGAGUUGCAAUAUUUGAUGAAAGUAUUUCGGCCCUAGCAGUAAGAGAUGAUGGAAGAUUUGUAGCUGUGGGAACUAUGUUCAGUGGAUCAGUUUCGAUCCAUACAUCAUUUAAUUUACAGAUUGUUUUAAAGGUACCUGGAGCACAUGCCAUGUUUGUAACAGGUCUAGAGUUUUUACCGGUCUUGAAUCAGGAAAACCAAACUGUUUGUAGUGUAGCUGAAGCUGCAGUAUUAUCAAUUUCUGUUGAUAAUCAAGUUUGCAUACACACAUUGCCUUAUAGAAAAACUAUACCAUUGUGGCUGGCGAUAGUAAUAUUAAUGAUUACUUUAUUUUUAACUUUUUUGUUUUGUUCAUACAUAGGUCUGUAGAAGAUAUGGAUAUGCUAUAUUUAUAUAAAUACAUUUUUUUUGUACAAUGUAGUUUAAAUUUAUGUAUAAUUAAAUUAGUAAAAAUC